GGCUUCUCUCACUAAACUUUUUUGGAAAAUACUUCUCUCUCUAAAGAAGAAUCUAACUUGAUCGUUGGAGGAUUAACGGGCCACGAGGCCCACCUCGGUGUGUGUAGGUGAUUCCACGUAGGCAAGGUGUACGGAGCGGAAGGGAAGAAGGAAGAUUGAGGAGGCUUCAACAAUUGGCGCGCCAGGAAGGGGGCGAAGAGUACUAACAAAGAAGAAAAAAAACGAAAGAGGGCGCCUGAGAGACGAUGGAAGACGGUGGGAGUGAAGUUCAAGAGCAAGUCAUGGCUGAGGCGUCCCAAGAGAUGGGGGAGCGGACGCCCAGUAGGAACGAGGACGAAGGAAGUGAAGAUCGGCACCUGAGUUCUGAGGAUGCCUCCAUCACUAAGAAGGACUUGUUCAAAAUUAUAGCUGAUCAGGAUGAAGCCAUCGGGAUGCUCAGGAGGGAGGUGGAGAUGCUGAAAGGGAUGUACACCCACCAGUUCUCGGAGUCAUCCUAGAAGAGUGCACCACAAGUGAAGAGCUUUGUCGGGCGCUGGCCAAAAGAGAUGUGGUAUCCACGGAGGACGUGGAUUGUAGUGUGCAAAAGGUUAUAGUAUUGGAAGAGACGCUAGCGGCAAGAAGAGCAGAUAGGCGCCGCUCAAGGGGCGAAGAAGGAGACGGGGCGCGAAGGCAGGCGCCCGAACCCAGGCCAACCUACGGAGGAGCGCCCUUCGGCUCGGCUAGAAGAAACGAUCAAGGGCGCC